AAUUGACUGUGAUCCGCGUUUAAUAUGUCUAGACAUUAUCCUUUAUUUUAUGAUCUUUAACUUUCGCAAAGUAAGAUCGAUGUUAAAUUGCUGGAACGAAUCCGCGACAAUCGAAGACAAAUCGAUUUUACUACUCUUCAGAAAAGACAUAUUUAUCGAUGUUCUCAUAAAAUUUUAGAAGACCGUUUGUGGCGCCUGGUUGUGGUGCAAGGUCGAAGAAACUGGUACGCCGGUCGCUGUGAGGCCGCUCCGCUCGAUGUGGGUCGUCGUCUAACUGUUCUACGUACCGUUUCUCCGCCCCUGACUGUAUCCUUCAACAGCAACAGCAGCAGCAGCAGCAGCAAUAGCGAGCGAACACCUACACGAUGAUGUCCCAUGUUACGGUAAUAUUAGCGGAGAUAUGAUCGCGAUAGCGUGCGCGUCCUUCUUACGCCUCCUUCAUUAGAGACGAUUUUUCGUUGCUACUAAAAAUUGCUGAAAAUCAAUUGUCAUUAAUAUCCGAAAUUACAUUACAAAAAAUGUCGCCGAGUUUAACAAAAUAUUUUUCUAUUAUAACUAUUUUUAUAUUUUAACUAAAAUAUUUUACUCUCACGCUAUUUUUAUAUACAUUUAUAUCUGCCCGCGGCGGAGUCUCGAUUAUUCUAUUAUAUAAUUAAUAACGGUUUAUUAUCAAUUUAAUUCGUAGCUCUUAACAGACGAAGCUUCGUAAAAACGUUUGAUGGAAAGUGUAUUUUAAAUGAGGAGCAUCCGGUCGCAUUGUCCUCCGCGCGACAUCCAUUUUUUUACGCGUUUCUCAAGUAAAUACAAAUUUCCAUUGUCCUUUUAUCUUAUUGGAUACCAUGCCGGGUUUUAGCUAUCGUCUCUCCGUAAUCAUCCGCUUCCUCGUUUCUUCCUUGCCUCGCGGACGGUUGCGGCGUUCUCCUACUCUUCGGGUCAUUUGGAGCGAGAUCUUCCUCCACCGCGUGUCCUCCCGCCACCUCUUCGUCUUCCUCCUACCGUCCUGACGACAAGGCUGUUCAGUCGUCAUACGACCUUCUUCCAGGGUUACGUUCCUGCCAGUUUCCCGCGGCUCUGAUUUUUCGUCCUGGACGUGCGCUGAGAUUGCUUCCAUAGAAGCAACGAUUUUUCGACUUUGGAAUCAGCGCGAAAUUGUUACAUGCGAUUGUUACAUUCGAUCAACUGUGUUAAUUGAAAAUCGUGUGCAGAUGAAUCAGUGAAUGAUCGCAGAGGUACCAGGAAUCACGAGAAACCAAAGGGAGCCUCUAUCGGCGCCCCACUGUUUUUCUACAUAACUGAGGUGUCAUAUGUGAGAGAUGCGGAGACGCCUGUGGACGCUUCUCGCCCUUCUGACAUGCGUGUCAGGCGAGUAUCUGAUGGGCGGUCAUUUGGACAACAAUGCCGGGUCAAAGACCCGAUCCGGCAAGAUCGAGAGCUCCUCCACAUCAGGACGUAAGACACGUCUGGACGACCUUGACCUGGAUCUUACAGCGGCGGAGAGCACCGUUGCCGCUGUCGCUGCCGCUGGCGCUGAGACUUCAACCGACGAUGGUGACGUUCCACGUUACCAUAUCCCGUAUCCUUUCGCCUUCAACGGCGGCAAACCGUUCUCUCUGGAGAAGGAUCCGAUAACCGGUAAGAUCGACUUCGAGAAGGCACCGCCUGUCGUAGCUCUCAACUAUACCGGUCGUUAUCGCGAGCGAGAAGAGAGCGAAGACAGUGACAACGGGGGUGGAGAAAAGAGUGCAUACGUGGAACGGGAUAAGAAUAAGGACGGCCACGACGUUCGCCCGAACGAGAUCAAUACGUACACGCCUAACUUUCACGAUUUCCUCAAUUUGCCUGUCCAUUAUUCCUCGGACAAAUACGGAAACGACAAGUACCCGUUGAUCUCGAGCUCGUAUGCGAAUACGAAGGUGCAGAGCGGCGCCAACAGCUAUAGCACAUAUAAUCAUAGACCUUAUCAUUCGGAGAACGAUUUGUUUGUACGUCCCGUCAAGAAUCCGUAUCCACCGAUAACAAAAACGAGUACGUACAGGACUACGACUGUCAACGAUCUUAAGGCGAAAUGGACAAGCACCACGAGUCCAUCGACGACUACAACUUCCGCAUCACCGAUCACGACGAACUCAUCGCAUACUACGCUUUCUACCUCGACCAAAGCACCCGUUGUAACCACGUGGAAGCCGCCCAGUACUUCGUUCGCAUUUCACUCGAUCGAUCGUACGGAGAUCGAAAACGAGAAGAAUUUUCUGCCGAUAGAAAAGCUGCACGCUUCUGGUCACGCGGGAUUUCAUCGGAAUCCGAGCGACGGAACGACGGAGAAGGCACAGGUCGCCACUCAUUACAAGGACCAACCGAAUCUCAACAAUUUCGUUGUAUCUCACGUGAAACCUGAAACAAAACCAUCGGCGCAAAACGAAGAAUAUAAAGAAUCUUACGACGCUUACGAGUCGGACGGCGAGGGUGACGGCAACAGCGAGGAGAACGAUUACUUUUUACCCUUCGGAGAUUUAUUAAAGGAAAUUGUUACAUCGGCACCGUUUACGACCACUUCCAGCACAGCAACACCAACGACGACUACCACGAUGAUCACUACCACGAUGGUUACCACCGAUGCAUCGACGCCAGAAACCACGACGUCGACUACGAUUGCUCCUACGCGAACCGUGUCUUCGACAAUGUCCACGAGUCAAAAAGAGGUACCCGCGAAUAAACCACUGCAAUUUCCAACGAUGCAACAUCCGGUUGUUUCUUCGUCUUUGAUCAACGAUCGAAGACCGGGUCUAGCGGAGCGUUACGAUAGCAUAAUCAGUCACGGAUAUAGACCGAGUCCAAUAAUCAAGUCGGAACUAGACGGAACGGGAGGGGGAGUCGUGAUAGAGAGCACGAGCAACAUCGUGAUACCGCCGGAUCAAGAUACCGUGUCCUUCGUUCUGGGAAAUCGCCAGAAUGUCGAAGGUGGUUAUUACUCGGUUGGCACAGCCGUCGGAGAAAAUCCUUACGGCGGUUCCGAGACUGACGCUCUGUUCUGGCCGCUCUACAACGAUCCACACGAUCCCGUGAAAGAAGUUAAACACGAGCAUUCGCUCGUUUCCGUUACCGAACCGAAUUCUGAUCGCGUUACGCAAAAGUGGUGGCCGCCCACUUCCAGUCUUUUGAAAGGCAACAACGAACUCGACCUAACGAGACCUCCGAAUCCCCUUGUUGCUGCCACAGGUACGAUAGUUGACGAUACGAAGAAUCCAAGCAAAGAAAAAGAUUCCAGCUACGUUAUUUUCCCGGACGACGAAACGAAGAGCAAGGAUACCUUAACGGAGGAGCACAUCGUGAUUAUAAACGAGGCGGACGGCACCAUUCGUGAAUUACCCCCCAAGACGAUGUUGACGACAACGUCGUCGACAAUGACGAAUAAAACGAAGCUCAAUAGUCCCACGGACGAUAUCAUCGGAGAUCUGCCACAGCUGGCCGAAGAUCUGGUACCGCCCGCAGAAAAUUCCAGGCUGCCGUCCUACUACUAUCAUUACCAAUUCGAUACGUCAAGACCGAAUCACUCGAGACCGCAGAGAUUACCCUUGCCGCCGCGUAAUAAGCCACACUCAGGAGGACUGCCGGUAUCUCCGUUGGACGUGAGAAAACGUCCCUAUUCGCCAGACGCGAAGCUACCCAACAUCCUGCCACAAUUCCGUCCUAAUGCGAAAGCGUCGCACGGUCAUCGCGGCCCAGAUGUAAUAGGGACGAUGCCGGCUGGGCAAAGUGUACCUACGAGAAUUAGACAGUCAUUGCCAGCUCAUCCGUCACGAAGACCUUUGCCGCCGCCGCCGCCACCGGCGUAUCUUCAGCGGUUGAAUCCACCGCCACCCCCGAUCCAUGCGGUCAGAUUGGCUCACACGUCGACUUCGAAGGACAACGUCGUCCUGCCUCAUGAAACGGAACCAACGAUACGAAGACUUCGUCCUCCGCACGGGAUACCGACUAUAUCGCGCGGAAGCCCGGAAGAACAGUCCGCUCCGUCGAACAGACUGUUCGUUCACAGCAACGGUGGCGGCAGUGGUGGUGUUGAAGAAGGCGAAAGUAGGAAGGUGGACCGAGGUAAGAGCGAGAUCGCGGACGAACGCGAGAGCGAGAGCUCUGAAAGAUAUCCAGAGGAACCACCGAUGACACCGCCGAGACCGCCGCUCUUUCCAAAGCGUAGAACAGCGGACCCACCACGCGUCGCGACACUGCAGAUGAUACAGCAUCACGGUGAAUUCAGUGAUGAUGAUGACGAGGGUUCUCCCGCACAAUCUGUGGAAUCCGUACUCGCGCACGAAGCGGAACGCAGAAAAUCGGAUAAUCACGAUCCGUCGGAAAUACCGGAGCAGCCUGUGUAUGUCGUGUAUCCGGUCAACACCGCGGUCAACAUACAUUCAGACGAUUCCAACGAAAAGGAUGGUAGUGUCGUCGUGGGUACGCGAGGUCCUCAACGACCGCUACCGCCUGACACGCUGCUUCAGAAUGAACAGGAUGAUACACACACCGUCUACAACAACAGGCCUGUCACCCUGGACUUUCCAUAUCCGCUAGAACGACCCGACCCAUCGUCCGUCUUUCCUGUCAUUGGCGUGAAGGAGACGCCCGUAUUGAUACCUAGCGAGCAGCGACAGCAGCUGCAGCAGCAGCAGCAGCAGCAGCAGCAGGAAGCUUCCGCGAUCGCAAACGAGCGAGAGAAUGAGAAGAACGAUGCGGUGAACGUGAUACCGUAUUUGCAGGAUUUCUUGCCCUAUCGAAAGAAGAACGAGGCGGCAAUUUCCGUGACGCUGCAUCGUACGGCGUCGAUCGCGACGUCGUCAUCGAGCUCUACAUCGACCGCAUCGACGUCUACCUCGACGCCGAUCGCUUACGUUUACACGCCGACGCACGCACCAUAUCCGGCACAUCAUCUCGACGAAGAUCUUAAUAACGAUGACAAUGCUGCUACGAAUGUCGACGCGAAGCAGACGGUGCUGCUGCCUUCACAGCAACCCUCCAGUUCCUCCAGCUCAGCACCGGCACCACAAAAUUUCAUGGCUCCUUUCGUCGCCAGUAUGAGCGCCGAGACACCUAGUAAAAACGGCUGGAGCGUCGUUGUCGUCGAACCACCCGUUGGAGCGGAAAGAAAAUCGGAUAACGACAGCGAUGAGGCGAAACCUGCAGAUUCGGAGAACGAUACGCAGACCGAGAAGAACGAGUUUGACGCCGAUAAUUUUAAGCCGCAGCUCUUCGGUGGGUUUAAGCCGCUCUAUGAGUUUCCUACCGAGGACAUGGAGCAUCACGUCGCCGAUACAGACACUGAGAUAAACAUGCCCAGGCACGCCAGAAAACUGCUGCCUGUACCUGAUAAAGGAUAACUUUAAAAAUACUGGAUACACUACAUUUCGCUUCUUUUCUCUUGAGUCUUGCUCUCGGACAUUUCGCUCUCGUACUUAGUUAUUACUCUUCUCGCGUAUACGCGUAAACGAAAACGUUAGCGAAAGCGCAAACGAAAGCGAAACGUACGCGCGUAGAGAAUGAAGAGCGAAUGUCUCUGUGCGCUACUCGAUGAAAAGAUACUUCGUGGUAGAGCCAACUCAAACGGUAGAAGACUGUACUCCAUUUUCACUCCACUUAAUAUGUAAGAACGUCGCGAUAUAAAAUAAUACUUAAUUUAUUGCAUUUAAAUGAUUAGCAUUUGUUAAGUUUUGCCUUGUGGCAGCAUUAACAUCAGCUAAGUAUUGAAAUACGUAGAAAAUAUUGACGCACAUAUCAUUAAGUAUGAACGUAUCGAAAAAGUAUCGAAACGUUGAAUAAAAAUAUUAAUAUAAGUUUUUUUUACAGGCAAUACUUUUGCAAUGUUUUUGUACAAUUGUAUAUUAUAUUCAUUAAGUAUUCUUAUUGAAAAAAUCCAAAAAUUAAACUUUAUACUUCUUCACAUAAUUUCUUACAUUUACAUCAAUUUUUAAAAAUUUUGUA